AUGCUCAUAUUGGUUUUUAUAUAUGAUGGAAAUAACGAUAUGGAAGUAAUUUGUGUUGUGGUAGCAAUAUACAAUGGUUUAUCAGAUUCAGUUUGGAGUAUUUCAUCGACAUUAAUUAAUUUAGCAACAAUUAUACUUUAUGCAAUGCUGAGUCGUGUUAUGGUGAAAACUAAAACAUCAACUAGAAAUUUCGAACUUUUGCAAACAUUAAAGAUUGUUGUGGCAUUUAUUGGACUGGGACAGCUAGCAUCAACGAUCAUUUAUUUGUCAACAAUGUUUUUUGAUUUUUCCGAAAUGACAACAUUUUACAUAGGAUGUUAUGCGGGAAUAUUUGUUAAUUUAAGCAUCUCAUGCAAUUGCUUAUUUUAUUAUUGGAGGAGUACAGAAUACCGGAAUGAAUUUAAAAAGCAACUCAGGAAAUUUCCAUGCUUAAAGAAUACUGUCAAAUUGAUACCAAAAUCAACAAUAAGGCGAGUGACGACAAUUCAUCGAUAG